CAGCCUUUUGAUUUGUAUUAUAAGUAGGGGGCCUGCACUAUCCAGAAUUCCAACUCAAAUCUUUUCCCAUGGCAAGUAGUUCUGUCUCUACCACCCAAGAUGGUGUUGAAAGAUCUAUAUCAGAUGCCCCACCAACUCAUUACGUGGUCAAGAUACAGUUAUUCUCAUUACUUUUAAAAAACUCGGUAGAAAAUUAUGAAUCUGGAGAUUUUGAGGCUGGAAGCUACAAAUGGAAACUGAUUCUCUACCCAAGUGGAAAUAAAGGCCGGAAUGUGAAAGACCACAUCUCCCUCUAUCUAGCAAUUGCUGAUACAGAUUCUGUCAACGGCAAUUCGGAGGUCCGUGCCAGUUUCAAAUUGUUUUUGCUUGAUCAGAACAAGGACAAUUAUUUGGUCGUUAAUGAUGCCACGGUAAAGGAAAGGCGCUUCCAUGGAUUGAGAAAUCAAUGGGGCUUCGAUCAAUUCCUGCCACUCAGAACAUUCAAUGAUGUUUCCAACGGAUACCUAGUGGAUGAUACAUGUGUUCUUGGAGCGGAGGUGUUUGUUACCAAGGAAAUGAGCACAGGAAAAGGAGAACACCUAUCAAUGAUAAAGGAUGCCACCAGUUCCAAGCAUAUUUGGAGGAUUGAAAGCUUUUCAACGAAGCAGUUAGAAUGCUAUGACUCACAAACAUUUCUCUCUGGGGAUUAUAAUUGGAAGAUACAGAUGUAUCCAAAGGGAAGGCGUCUUGGAUUAGGCAGUCAUAUUUCUCUAUAUUUGGCUUUGGCAGAUCCAAAAGCAAUCCCUAGUAGUUCUAAAAUAUUCACAGAGUUCAUUUUGCGGAUGGUGGAUCAAACACAACCGGGCAGGCAUAUUUCUGGAAAAGCAAGUUACUGGUUCAGUGGGUCUAAUCCGGAGAAUGGAUGGUCAAGGUUUGUGAGUUUUGUCUAUUUCAAUCAACCAAUCAAUGGUGUUUUACUGAAGGAUGUUUGCGUGGUGGAAGCAGAGGUGACAGUCCUGGGAGUUACUAGUGCAGUAUGAUUACUGUGUGUUGCGCAUGUGCGAAAUUAAUGUGUAAAUUUAUAUAUUAUAGCUAAAAAAUAAUAAUAAUACAAUGAAUAAGGGUGA